CUUGCGACUAAAUAUAGUACCAACUUAACGCAACGAGUUAACGAACUCAUUCUGUUAUUGUUCCGUGAUCGAUGAUCAUUCGUUGAAGUUCGUUGAAUGUUGAACUGUGCUUGUGAUAAUAUUUGUUCUUCUGGAGGCCUAUUCUGUAACUUUUAACAAAUGCGUUAUAACUGUAACGCAUGCGUUAGUCGUCGUAUCGUCGACGAAUUCAUGGUUAACAAAUGAAUUAUAGUUAUAACGCAUGCGUUAAAAGUUACAGAAUAAGUCUGCUGGAUCGAUUGCUAUUCUAAUAAAGAAGUCAUCACCAACAAAAAUGAGUGAAAGUCCACCGGAAAGUAGGAAUCGUCGUAGAAAUACGAACAAGCAAAUAAUUAAUGAAUUAGUUAGGCAAUGUAGGAAUCAAAGAAAAUUGGACGAUUUAAGAAAUCGAAUUACUACUGUCUACAAGACAGAGGCUUCAUCCGAUGAAGAGGUUUCAUCCGAUGAAGAGGUUUCAUCCAAUGAAAAGGUUUCAUCCGAUGAAGAGAAUAAUGAAAUGCUGCCCAUUCCAGGGAUUGAAGAUAUUUCUUUAUUAGAAACAAAUUCUGAAGUAUCAACAGAAUCUGAUGCAUCUAUCGAUCAACUUGAAAAUGAAAAUAUGGAUGAUAACAAUAAUUAUAAUAAUGACAAUGACAGUGAAUUACAUUUUGAAGAUGAGAAUAAUGACAGCGAAGGAAGUGUUGAAAUUAAUGAUGCUAACAGAUAUAGUAACGAUGAAGAAAAUGAUGAUUUAAUGAUUGAAUUUGAAAAUGACGAACAGAGAGGACGCUAUGUUUUAAAAACAUUGAGGGAGUGGGCCCUUGAAGGAGGGUGUUAUCUAUGA